ACGUCUGAAGGUACUUGUCUCGUGUUUUGAUGUCGGCGACAUCAAAGCUUGGCAAUACCUCCCUGUAUCAUACCUUAAAAAAAUAAUUUUUUUUGUAAACAUACAAAGCAGAUAAGUUGUAAAAAGUGCAGGAUUCCUCCUCAAGCUGUAACGCAUCCUCACACGAUCCCUGGCUUCCCCUUUUGUGAGUCCUCUUCGAGGAUCAUAAUACAAUUUUCAUCGACAUGGACUAAAAUAUAUUUUAGUUAUCGAUGAAUCGGCGCAACAUUAUUGACUCAGUAAUUACUGCCAGCAUUCCACUAUUGGGAUUAUAAAAACGUUUAUAUUGUAUUGGAUUACUCGAAUAAUCAUGGAGCCUGAUAGGAACACGAUGGUUGCUGUCCUCCAGCUCCUGCGGAAAUACAACCUGAAGGGGACAGAAGAUCUCCUUCGAAAGGAGGCGAACCUGUCAGACGUUUCGAUCGACGACACCCAGCAAACAGAUUCUGAAGUCAGUAGUGUUUUAUCAGCGUACAAGAGCGAGGGUGAUCCAGCUCUCUACGAAAAAGCCUACAGCGAGCUAAAAAAAUUUGUCGAGAGUUCCCUGGACAUCUACAAACAUGAAUUGGGAACAAUUCUGUACCCGGUUCUUGUGCACAUGUACCUGGAGCUUGUGUACAACAGCCAUUCAAAAGAAGCCCAACAGCUGAUGGAGAGAUUCAGUGGAAAUCUCGAGGAAUAUUACCAAAGUGACCUGAAAAAGCUGUCGAAUGUGACAACGAGAGAGCAGAUGGCGGAAAACGAGCUGACAGACACGUUCAAGUCCAAUCAAUUCAUCAUCAGAAUAUCGAGGGAUACCCUGUCGAUCCUGAAGCGUCACCUCCAGGAGAAGAAGCACUCUGUCCUUUUGAAUAUUAUCCAGGAGCACCUGUACUUCGAUAUGUACGAGGGAGUUGCCAGGAAUAAGCAGCAGAUCCAGGCGACAUCGGGUGCAAUGUUGGGGGAGGCAACAAGACAGGAUAACAAAACCAAAGUCUACUACGGUCUUCUCAAGGAACCUGACAUCCAGUGUGUACCACCUGCUGAGGAGGAGGAGGGAGAGGAGGGAGCCAACGAGGGGGACAAACCCAAGAAAAAAAAACCCAAGAAGGAUCCACUGUUCUCGAAAAAAACAAAGUCAGAUCCCAAUGCACCUCCUGUUGGACGAAUGCCACUUCCCAAUCUCAAGGAUGCUGAUAAACUCGAGAAGAUCAAGGCUCUCAGAGAAGCCUCCAAGAGAGUCAAUCUCAGCGCUGAUUCACUACCUUCUAUUUGUUUUUAUACUCUUUUAAAUAGUGUACACAGCGUUACUGCUGCCGAGGUCGCUGAGGACUCCAGUCUCUUGGCUGUUGGAUUUAGUGAUUCAACGUUGAAAGUCUGGAGUCUAGUGCCCCAGAAGCUCAGGCUCAUGAAGUCGGGGGAGAAUCUCGUGGAUAUUGACAGGGAGGCUGAUGAUGUACUUGUCAGGAUGAUGGAUGACAGGACUGCUGAGACUGUAAGGACUCUCCAUGGACACAGUGGACCUAUUUAUUCGUUGAGCUUCAGUCCUGAUAGGAAUUUACUGCUGUCCUGUGGCGAAGACACUACUGUUCGAUUGUGGUCUCUUCACACGUGGACGUGCGUCGUCUGCUACAAGGGGCAUUUGUUCCCUGUCUGGUGCGUUAGAUUCUCUUCUCAUGGGUAUUAUUUUGCCACCGGAUCCCACGACAAGACUGCAAGACUCUGGGCAACGGAUUCUCACCAGCCUUUGAGGAUAUUCGCUGGGCACUACUCUGACGUCGAUGUCGUACAGUUUCAUCCUAAUUCUAAUUAUAUUGUCAGUGGCUCCAGCGAUAUGACCAUCAGACUCUGGGACUGCGUCACUGGGAAUCAAGUCCGACUCAUGACUGGCCACAAGGCCCCAAUCUUUGCUCUGUCCUUCUCUAUUGAGGGAAGAUUUCUAGCUUCUGCUGGAGCUGACAACAGAGUUCUUGUUUGGGAUCUGGCACAUGGGCAUCUCGUUGCUGCACUCUCUGGACACACCAGCACUAUUCACAGUCUCUCUUUCAGCAGAGAUGGAAAUAUUCUCGUGUCAGCUUCUCUGGACUGCACCCUAAAGCUAUGGGACUUUACAAAACUCGCUGAAGAGAUGAGUCUGGAGGACGUCAAUGUAUCCCACAACCCUGAUGUCAAAACUUCUGCUGAGUCUUAUCUCCUUCGAACUUUUCCCACAAAAAAUUCUGCAGUAUUGGCUCUUCAUUUCUCUCGGAGAAAUCUCCUCCUCAGCGUGGGAAUGUUCGAGGCAUCGUGAAUGAUGUAUAAAUAAUCCAAUAAAUUCGUAAUAUUCUUCAAUA